AUGGGCGGCGGCCCGACGACGACGCACGUCACGUCGGGGGACCUGAAGAAGGUCGUGCAGGACAUGCCGCCCGCGGGCGGCUACCCCGACGUCAUCUUCAAAAAGGCGACGAUCAACCGGGGCCCCGACGGGUGGAUGAUCUGGGUCGGGUCGCUGCUCACGGUCGCCUUCGGGUUCUACCGCGUGGGCCAGUGCAACCUCGAGCGGAACGCGGCGAAGAAGGAGAAGCGCGAGGCGCGCAUGGCGAUCGUGCCGUACCUCCAGGCCGAGGAGGACGCGCGCGCGGUCGCGGCCAAGCUGAACCAGGACGCCGACGAGGCGGAGAUCAUGAAGGGCGUCAAGGACUGGAAGGUCGGCGCGUCGGUCUACAACAGCGAGCGCUUCUGGGCGCCCCCGAGCCCCGUGGAGCACCCGCGCGCGUAG